UCUCACUGACUUGAUCAUGUAAACAUCGAAAUGCGGUUUUUGAGAAAUUUAUUGGCUCAUCAGACGCGUAACUCAUCCACCCAAGCUGGCCGCCGGCGAGUGGUAGUCACGGGGAGUGGAGCAGUCACCCCACUGGGCAACAAUGUGGCGGAUUCCUGGCGGCGCAUCCUGGUCGGCGAGUCGGCAAUCUCUCGACUAGGACCAGAUUUCAAGGGUCUGCCCUGUCAAGUGGCGGCACAAGUUCCGCGGGAGAGCCUGCAGUUGGACCAGUACUUAACCAAGUCGGACCUAAAGCUGAUGAGCCCCGCCACCCAGUUCGCCGUCGUAGCGGCGGAGGAGGCCCUCGCCACCGGAAAGCUUAACCCAAAGGAACUGAGCGAGGAGCAGCGAGAGCGCUUCGGCGUAUGUGUGGGUAUGGGCAUGUUCGACCUGGCGGAGGUCUAUGGAGCCUGGAACCAGCUGCAGCGUGGCUACAACAGAGUGAGCCCCUUCUUUGUUCCCCGACUGCUGCCCAGCAUGGCGUGUGGUCACAUAAGCAUGCGGCACGGUCUGAGGGGACCCAACCACUCGGUGUCAACAGCCUGUGCAACAGGAGCCCAUGCUCUGGGCGAUGCGAUGCGAUUUAUCCGCAAUGGCGACGCAGACGUAAUGCUGGCCGGCAGUGGUGAAGCCUGCAUCGACCCCCUGUCCAUCGCUGGGUUCUGCAGACUGCGAGCUUUGAGCACCGCAUUCAACGAUAACCCAGCGGUGGCUUCCAGACCCUUUGAUAAGUCAAGGGAUGGUUUUGUAAUGGGUGAGGGUGCAGCUGUCCUUUUGCUGGAGGAACUAGAGCACGCUCGCGCCCGAGGAGCUCCCAUCCUAGCCGAGAUCCUGGGCUACGGGCUGUCGGGCGACGCCUAUCACAUAACCUCGCCCAGCGAGGACGGAGCAGGAGCCACUCUGGCAAUGAGGCGGGCCCUUCAGGAUGCUGGAGUUUCCCCACAUCAAAUAACUUACGUAAACGCCCAUGCUACCUCCACACCCACGGGGGAUCGUAUCGAGUCACACGCAAUUGGACGUGUUUUCGGCGAGCACACUUCCCAAGUGAAGGUCUCCUCCACCAAGGGAGCCCAUGGCCAUCUGCUGGGCUCAUCCGGCAAUCUGGAAGCUCUCUUUGUGGUGCACGCCUGCGCGGAUAACAAGCUGCCACCCUCCAUUAACAUUGAGCAACUGGAUGUGGAAGUCAACGUUGUCACGGAAGCCACAGAAUGGUCACCCGAUCAAAAACGCCGCGUUGCCCUAAAGAAUUCGUUUGGCUUCGGAGGAACCAAUGCCUCCCUCUGCAUUGCCAGCUAUGUCGAUUAGUAGCCAAGAACUGUUAACUAUUUGUAAAGACACACGUAAAUAAAAUCGUCAAAUUUUUGCAUAUUUUUAGGAAAAA